CUCCCUUCUGCCUUCCCCGCCUGCUCGGCUUUGCAGCCUCCUCGUGUGUGCGGGAGCGCUCCCCGCCGCGGCGGUGCUGUUCCUGGGGGAAAACGGGGUCCCGCGGCUUGGCUCCUGCAGCCCCCCGGCCGAGGCGGCAGCGGUGGCCCCGGGGCUGCCCCUCCACGGGGCUCUGCUGCUGCUGCUGCUGGCGCUGCCGCCGCCUCUCCCGGCUCUGGGCGGCGCGGCUUGGCUGCUGUUGCGGAGGGGGCGGGCUGUAGCGAGUGAGCGCCGCCGGGCAGACGCCUGCGGGAAGCGGGCUGAGCCCGGGGGGACGGCCCGGCCCGUUCGGGAUCGGGAGGAGGAGGAGGGGGUGCGGAGCGACCGGGCGCUGCUUCGGGCCUGUGACGGCUGCGAACUUUGGCUCUGCAAGUGCUGCACGCCCAGCCCUGUGCGAGGGGUCACCUGUCCCCAGGUAGCAGGUGGGAAGCAGAGCGGAGGCAACCGAAGGGGUUCGAUAAGGGAGGUAGUGUUAGACUAUUUCCCUCACAAGCAAGCGAUGGCUGUGGACGUGGCGAUGCAGCUGUACCUGUGCUCCUCGCCCUUGCGAAGAGAGAAGUGUGCCUGCAAAAUUGCUCCAAAGCCAAGCAAGCCCCUGCGGCCCUGCAUCCAGCUGAGCAGCAAGGCUGCGCUGAACGGCCCAGAAGAGGCUGCAAACUCCUUCACACACAGCAAGGCCAAGAAGAGGGUGUCGUUUGCAGACAGCAGAGGCUUCGCUCUGACGAUGGUGAAAGUGUUCUCAGAGUUUGAAGAUCCGCUCGAUAUUCCUUUCAACAUCACAGAGCUGAUAGACAACAUCGUGGGUCUGACAACAGUGGAGAAGGACAGCUUUGUCCUGGAUUUUGUUCAGCCCUCCGUAGACUACCUGGACUUCAGAAACCGCCUCCAGACAGACUGUGUCUGUCUAGAAAACUGUAUGCUAAAGGAGAAAUCUAUUGUGGGAACAGUGAAGGUGAAGAACCUCGCUUUUGAAAAGACAGUGAAGAUCCGGAUGACGUUUGACACGUGGAAAAGCUUUGUAGAUCACCCGUGCCAGUAUGUCAAGGAUACGUACGGAGGGUCGGAUCAGGACACGUUUUCCUUUGACAUCAGCUUGCCUGAGGGGAUUCAAUCUCACGAAAGAGUCGAGUUUGCCAUUUCCUUUGAGUGUGAUGGGAAGGUGCACUGGGACAACAACAGGGGCACAAAUUACAGGAUCAUACGGUCAGAACUGAAGUCUGCCCAGGAAGCUGUCCGUCCCCCACAGGCUCCUGACUUUGGCAGUGCAUUUGACCGGUUUGGGAGCCCUCGGUGCUCCUAUGGCCUCUUUCCUGAGUGGCCCAGUUAUUCAGGCUACGAGAAGCUGGGGCCCUACUAUUGACCCAAGGACAAAGGCCAGGCUGAUAACUGCUGCUGGUGUGUCUGCAGGCCUUGGGGCUGGUCUGAACACAGGUGUAUGAAUAGGUGGAAGAAGUAUGGCUCUGUGUAGCGUAGCACAAGCCUCCCAGCAAAACCAGAUGUGCAGUGCUCUGCUGGCAGGGGGCUUAUAGUCAGAGAAGCAAAUCUGGCUCUCCAGAUGAUCAGAGGACCAAGGACCGCUCAUAUCUCUUCAGCACUUCUUCUUCCUCUUCAGUAAAGAUGCCAGUGUCCAGGGAAACACUACAGUGCUUAUAUUGCCUGUUCAAGCUGUGUAGUGGUGGCUGCUUUGUACUGCCUGCCUAGUAUUAAAAGGCUCUUUCAAAAUACUUCCUAGUAUUAUAAUGUUAGUGGGCUCUACUGCAGCUGCAGGGUUCUCCUUGCAAAGCCAGCCUGUGCCUGUCAGGAAAUAGUGUGGUUGGAUUGCUGGGAAUGGAAUCCUCUCUUUGCACAUAUCCUUGUAGCGAGGCCCUUCCUACUGGAGGCAGAAAGCAUGUUUUGGAAGUGAAAAUGCCAUGUGAUGACAGGAAGUGUGGACCUACAGCCUGCCGUAUUAGGAGAUGUGCCUGUGGGAGAGGAUCUGAUAUGCUUAGUCACUGGUUGUUAUAUUAGAUCUUGAAAAUCUCUCAUACCAUUGGUGUUACCAGAAAUAGAGAUUAGCUGUAGCUUCGUGGUGCUUGUAACAGAGCUGUGCAUUGACAUCCUUGACUGCCUUCUUCAAAUCUUCCUGUUUCUUUAAUCACAAGUGAUUAAUGAUGCCUUUUCCCCUUGAUGGACAUCUGAAGUUGGCUGUGCUGGACCCUGAAAAUGCGUUUCAUCCUCCUGUGGACUGUAAAACCAGAGUUUUGUCCAGCUGGAGCCCAGGGUCCUGUGCAGGAGGCUCUGCUCAGGUGUUACAGGAGCCAAACAGAACCAGAGCCCAUGGCUGUCUGUGCUGUGUCCUGUACAGGAAGGUGACUGUUGUGUACCUGCUGUGGUGGAAGUGCCUCGACUGAGAAAGGAGCGGUAUGUGCAAUCCCAGCAAGGCUUUGGGAUGAACAGGCUUUGGAACUGAUGUUGCUUUUAAGAUCUGGUAAUGGUUUGUUACUCUGUGCCAUGGACUGCUUGGCAGAUAAAGGCAUAGCACUGCUCCCAUGUGAGGCUGCCUGGGAUGAACGUGCUGGGCUUCCCUCUCUGCUGAAGCAGUAUCUGCCACUUUGACCUGCAAAUGCCCAGACUUUGCAUCUCUGGCCAUAAAAAGUGGCUCACCCCGCCUAUGCAAAGAGCUAGCCACGAGGAGAGUGAGGUGUGGGGUUAUCCUGACAGCACCCCUGCAUGUGAGACAAAUCACAGAUGUGAGCCGUCCCUGUGAUUAAAGAGGUGGCUUGGCUCCUGGAUGUGUGCUGGGCUGGUGAGCUUAGCAGUGCCAAACAGCCUUACAGAGCUUCUUGGGUGCUAACCUAGCAGGAUAACUUAAUCCCUCAGCUCAAAGAAAGAGUGCUGAACAGUGUAGAAAUAGAGGUCAAGAGAAUGCUACUUUUUCUAGUGCAUAAGCUUUACAUAAUUUUGGGUGACUCCAGUUGCCGGUGGAUGUGCUGGAGAGAAGCAACAGGCUAGAUUACUUAACUUUGUUAACGUUGCUUUUAAUUCUGGAGACUACUGUACAAAUACUUAGAAGCUGCUUUACUCUAACCUAGGAGGGAUACUGGGAUCACUGUUGGAUAUCAAAAGGGACAGGAGCUUACAGGAAGAAUAGCUGGCCUUCAACUGCUGCUUUUUCAAAAUACAGAAUCAGUAUGUGACUUCAGUGUGCCUGAUCACUUAGUUGAGGUGGUGAAUCUACUUGCUAGCCCAGAACUCAUCAGGAUUGGUUCCUCUGUUCAAACAGCUUCCCAAGUCAGCCUUUAGAGCCUGCGUCUGAUCUCUCUGGAGGGGACUGUUGCCUAGCUUGGCUUGGUUUUAAACUUAAGGCAAGUUUGUGUGACACUGAUACUUUUUAUUUAUUUAGUGUAUGGUGUUGAUGUUGUAAGACACUGACUGUAGAAAAGUAGUGUUCUCCUGGCACCUUCUUGUGCCCAUGGAGGGCUGUCUGUGAGCCAGAACAAGGCAUGUGGGUCUGGGGUGCUGUGGAUGGUGGUGUCUCCUUAUGGGCUUGUUUUCAGGCUGUGCCUUGGGUGUGCUUAGGGAGGAACAUGGAAGAUAAGCUAGAAGAGCAGUGCCAUAAGUAAAAGCUAGGUUGGGAACUGACUAUUUGAUCAAUAGCAUUUUAAAAAUACUACUUGUGGCCUUUCCCCUCUUCCCUUUUUCCAUUGCCAAUGUGAACAUAGAAGUGAGGGGGUUGCUCUCCUUGCUCUAUGCCUGGAAGUGCCUUGUAGGAUGUUUUGCAUGUUUGUUUUUAAAAGAUAUUUUUGUACACAACAUUCAAGUGGAAAAUGCACUUUAUAAUUGCCAUGUAAUGACUCUUUUAAAAAAUAUGGCUGUUUUUAUCUGAUUGUUAAAAUAAAGGUGGAACAAAA